UUUGUUGCUUUCACAUUACGUUUUGUAAGUUUUCUUCAACUAAAAUUAUUACCCUUUUAUUCUCGUAGUUAUAAUUUGGGCUCUGAUUUUUGUCUGAUUUAUUGGCUUGCUGAACGGAAUGGCUCUUCGCGGGCUGCGGGUGCUUGAGAUGGCAGGCUUAGCACCGGGACCCUUUUGUGGAUUAAUUUUAUCGGACUUCGGUGCUCGUGUUAUUCGCGUUGAACGUCCCAACAGCGCGACGUUUCACAUGGAUAAACUAGCGCGCGGAAAGGAGAGCAUGGCCCUCAAUCUGCGCCAUGCGCAGGGACAAGCCGUCUUCCUUGAUCUGUGCUCGAAAUCGGACGUUGUAAUUGAUACAUACCGCCCAGGAGCGAUGGAGCAGAUGAAACUGGGCCCAGAACAAGUCUUAUCCGUUAAUCCAUCGUUGAUUUUCGCGCGUCUGAGUGGAUUUGGACAAACUGGACCGUUCAGCGAAAAAGCUGGGCAUGAUAUUAAUUUUCUCGCUUUAUCGGGUGUUCUGUCAAAGCUCGGACCGAAGCAGGGAAAUCCACGUCCUCCGCUGAUGCUUUUGGGCGAUAUCGGUGCUGGAGGAUUGUUGUGUGCAUUCGGAAUUCUGUCCGCUGUAAUUGAACGUAUUACGACCGGAAAGGGAAAAGUUCUCGACGCAAAUAUUACAGAUGGCGCGGCGUACUUUUCGACUUUGCUGUGGCGGGCCGCGGAUUUGCCAGUGUGGGGCAGAGGACGAGGGGAUUCGUGGUUUGAUGGCGGACUGGCGUAUUAUGACACAUACCGGUGUCGCGAUGGAAAGUAUGUGGCGGUCGGGUGUCUGGAAAAACCGUUUUUCGAUCAGCUGCUGAAAGGAUUGCAGUUGGAAGGGAAGUUUGAUCAGACCGAUAAUCAGGAUUCCCUUGGAACAAUAUUUACCGAUUGCUUCGCACAACGAGAUCGAGAUGACUGGAUACAGCAUUUUAAUAGUUUUGAUGCCUGCGUCACGCCGGUGCUUACAACGGAAGAAGCUCCACUUUAUCCUCACCAAAAAGAGCGGGGCACGUUUAUGAAAAAUGAUUCCGGUCUCGGGAAUGAACCGGCACCGUUCCCUAAGAGUUUAGCCUUUGGUAACUCGUACGAUUCUCCACAGCCCAAGAGAAGAGAAGUGCUGCAUCCCGGCCAAGAUACGAUUAAGAUUCUUAAAGAAAUGGGAUAUGCUGAUGAAAAAAUUGAUAAAUUACGAGCGGACGGUGUUGUGGAAGCGGAUAUGUGAUUUGUGACUUGGCUUUUGAUUAAUGGACUAAUAAUUUAUUUUUUAUUUUCACAUGUAUGCUAGAACAUGUGAGUAAGUAUUGGUUUUUUCUUACUCGUAACGAUGAAUUAUUAACAAGGGAUUUGGGCUUAUAUCUGUACUGAAUGU